AGAAAGAGAAUCAACUUCCCCAAUUAUUAACAUGUCUAAGCUUGAAUCUGAUUUCUAUUCAUUUGUAAAUGAACUCUAUGUGGAUGAUCCAGACAAAGACAGUGGAGGCAAAAUAGAAGUAAAUUUGAACAUCAGCUUGCCAAGCCUACACUGUGAAUUGAUUGGAUUGGAUAUUCAAGAUGAAAUGGGAAGACAUGAAGUUGGCCAUAUUGAUAACUCAAUGAAAAUUCCUCUGAAUAAUGGAGAUGGAUGCAGAUUUGAGGGUCAUUUCAGCAUCAACAAGGUUCCAGGGAAUUUUCAUAUGUCAACACAUAGUGCCACUGCACAGCCUCAGAAUCCUGAUAUGACCCAUGUCAUCCACAAAUUGUCCUUCGGCGACAAGCUUCAGGUCCCGAACAUUCAUGGAGCAUUCAAUGCACUAGGGGGAACAGACAGACUCAGUUCAAACCCCCUUGCUUCUCACGAUUAUAUACUGAAGAUUGUUCCUACUGUGUAUGAAGACAUGAGUGGCAAACAGCGCUACUCAUACCAAUAUACUGUAGCCAAUAAGGAAUACGUAGCAUAUAGCCACACAGGGCGCAUUAUUCCAGCCAUUUGGUUUCGCUAUGAUUUGAGCCCUAUUACAGUGAAGUACACAGAAAGACGACAGCCUUUGUACAGAUUUAUCACGACGAUUUGUGCCAUCAUUGGUGGAACAUUUACUGUGGCUGGGAUUCUUGACUCCUGCAUUUUUACAGCCUCUGAAGCCUGGAAGAAGAUCCAACUAGGAAAGAUGCAGUAACAAAGCAGUCUUCAGCCUAGUUGUGUGUGAAGAAGCAUACAAGAAAAAGCCCACAGCUAUCGACUUUUCUUCGUAUCAUUUCAGUUGACAAAUGUUACACAAGCCGUUGGAAACAUAAGGGUGCAGAAAGAAAUAAACCUCCCAAACAACCAA